AUGCACAAGUUUCUCGCCGCUCUUCUCUUCGCAGCCUCGGCGCUGGCUACCCCUGCUCCAGAUACUACGGCCACCGCAGAGUCAAUUGGCACCGAGACUAAUUCCGACGCCGACUCGGCUGCCUCUGCCGCUGCCGCUGCCUUGAUUGCUGAGAUCCCCAGCUCAGUGUUGACGGUCAUGGAGACAGCCAUCCCGUACUCAUGGCAGGCCGAAAUUUUAACAAAUCCCACUUUCCGCUCCUCCGUUGUGAGUGCUGCUGAGGCUGGGACGUUCCCAGCUUGGUUCAAUGACCUGCCCAACAGCGUCAAGGCAUGGGCAACCUCGAAUUUCGAUGCCCAGAUUAUUGGCGUCCCAGCGACUACCCAAGACACCGUGUCCGAGACGAGUUCUAGCGUUAUGGUUACUAGCCAGACUGCUUCAAAUGCCGCCCAGACCACUUUGCCCGACUCCUCCUCUGCCACCACUUCGAGCUCAGGUUCUGGCUCCAGCUCGGGCUCGAGCUCUGCGUCAGCUUCUCCCUCAUCUUCAAAGUCGACUGGUGGUGCCCCUGCACCUAGCGGCGGUGUUGCUAUGGGCGUUGCCGGUGCAGCCGGCGUUUUCGUUCUCGCUCUUGCGCUGUAG